AUGACGGACACACGAGGCCCGUUGAUGACGCAGGAAGCCCGCGAUCGCGAGACCCAAAACAGCCUGAAACCACAUCCGCAGUCGCAGUCGCUCUUCAACAAACCCCAGAUCGCACCUGUGCUCACUGAAGCUGCCUCAGGCUUGCGCCCCGACACCAACAUCAACAGUAAUAACAACAACGCCUCGUCGCAUACUUCUCAUACGACAUCGCUCUUGUCAGCAGCAGCAUCAGCUCGAGGGCCCGAUGGAUCGAUCGCGCACAUCAGAAAUGCUGCACCCCCAACAGCGGCCAUAGAGUCCUCGCCAUACUACUCUUACCCCCAACCACAUUCUCAUAUGAAGAACCAUCCGCAUCAGCAGCCUCCCGCAGCUCCAGGUAUCUUCCCCCAGCAUCCCCAGCAUUCACCACCCCACCCACAAGCCCAUCCUCACCAGCACCAGCCUCCAGCACCAUACGGUUAUGCCCCUGGGCGUCUGCCUCCUCCAGGAAUGCGGCCCCCCGCCAUGGGCUACUACCCGUACUACCCGUACUCGGCCGAUUUGCAGCGAAUGCCUCCAGUCGACCAGGGAGACGCCUCACACCCCAAGCUGCCACGUAUUAACGUCGACCCUCGUGUAAAUUCGCCUGAACAACGACCCUACCCCGACUACGCGCAGCAGCAACCUCAACAGCACGCGCCUCUGCAGACCAGCAACAAUAACAAUCGCGCGCCUCCAGAGCAGGCGUCCACAGCUUCCGACUUUGGUGGCGACAGACCGCCACCUAAAAAGCGAGGCAGAAAACGAAUUGAGGUCGCCGAGGUGCUGGCUAACAACGACCUGAGCCACUGCUCGCCUCUGGGAGAAAAGGAACUCGAGGCCGACCAUCGAAAACACAAACGGCCCUCAAGACCUCAGGCUGCAGAAACCACUACCGGAGAACGGCAGUACCCAUGCACCUUCCCAGGAUGUGAAUGGUCAUUUGUGCGAAUUUCCGACCAACGACGCCACCUGAGAUCGCACCAGGAGCCGCUGUUUGUGUGUCCCUUCUACGCCGAAGACAACUCAUGCCACAGAAACGGAGGCUCUUUCACACGAUCAGAUGUGCUCAAACGACAUCUGCGGCUGGUCCACUUUGUGCAAUUCAAACAGAGUGACUCGGGCUGGUGUAGAUACUGUGAGAAGAUCUUCCCAUCACACAAAUUCUUCCUCGACCAUUGCGACACCUGUGCAGUCAACAACAAGAGAAAAACACGAAAAGGAGCACCAGACCACGACGCGGACUACAACCAGAACAAGUCUGAGCAGGCGCAAAGCCAUCAGCAACCACAGCAGCAAUUGCAGCUCACACAGCCCCAUCAGUCUACUCAUGCCCACAUGCCUCCCCCCCAGGACGUGUCUCACAACGAAAUUGAAGCCGACCAAGAGCCCGAGGCUGAUCUCGAAUUGCUCAGUACCGCCUCCAGUAUGUUGGCCAAGGAGCCUGGAGAGCUUCCUGUUCUUGCAUCGCAUUUGAAGGGCCAGGAGGACUCGGAUCGACACCAGAAACGAAAAGGCCGAUCCUCCAAGAGUUCCCUGUCGGGAACCAUUCAAGCAGGACAUCAUCUGUAA